UCAAUAAAAUAAGGAGUUUUCAAGUGCAAUGCCAACUCUAGAUGUCGACGCUACCGACGAGCAGUUCGGAAAUGAUCAAUCGAAGCCAAUGUCCGGACCAAUUAUUGGCAUAAUAUACCCGCCGCCAGAAGUUAGAAAUAUCGUUGACAAGACCGCAAGCUUUGUAGCACGCAAUGGACCUGAGUUUGAGGCACGCAUCCGGCAAAAUGAGCUGGGGAACCCAAAGUUCAACUUUCUGAACGGUGGAGAUCCCUAUCAUGCCUACUACAGGCACAAGGUGAACGAGUUUCGAGAGGGAAAUGGUACGCGAAAGACAGCAAUAAAUUGCGAUGUGUUAUUCUAUGCCAAUACUAUUUCAGAUGCCGGCAUAACAGCCGUCAAACAACUAACCGCGGUCACAAGUGCUGCCCAGCAGCGGCAGCAGGAACUUUUGAAGCAAGUUGUGGAGCAGCAAUUUGUACCCAAGGAGCCUCCACAAGAGUUUGAGUUUAUUGCUGAUCCUCCUUCGAUUUCGGCAUUGGACUUAGACAUUGUGAAGCUAACUGCUCAGUUUGUGGCCCGCAAUGGGCGACAGUUUCUUACCAAUCUGAUGAGUCGGGAGCAGCGAAACUUUCAAUUUGAUUUUUUGAGACCGCAGCACUCGCUCUUUCAGUACUUCACCAAGUUAUUGGAGCAGUAUACGAAAGUGCUCAUACCACCCAAGGAUUUACUCGGAAAACUUCGCACAGAAAGCGCCCCAGGGCGUAGCAGCAUGAACCAGGUACUGGAGCAGGUUAAAUACCGCGCCAACUGGCAACGCCACCAGGAGGCGCAACGCCGUCGUGAAGAGGAAAAAAUUGAGAGAGAACGUGUAGCAUACGCCCAGAUUGACUGGCAUGAUUUUGUGGUUGUAGAGACCGUGGACUAUCAACCAUUCGAGUCAGGCAACUUUCCCCCGCCUACCAAUCCAGAUGAGGUCGGUGCCAGAGUCCUCAUGGAAGAGCGCCUUAUGGAAGAGGAGGGGGAUAUAGAAAUGCAAAUCGAAUCCGACGAAGAAGACGACUCUCAGGUGGCUAGCCAUUUGGAGAGUGGCCUCAAGCUGUCGCAAAUGGAGAACAGAGUGGGCAUCCAAAUGAAGAAUGUUUCAUCAUACAGCCAGCCAGUUGGCGCCAAACGGGACAAUACUCAGGUGCAGGACAUGGACGAAGCGUCGAGUGACGAGGACACGCCGGUGGCCAAACUGCAGCCCACGGUGGCCCCCAUGUUGCCGCCUACACACGACAAGGUUGUGGUCAAGAAGUAUGACCCCAAGGCCACCCAACCCAAGGCAGCCCCCUUGCCCACGGAUGAGUACCUUAUUUCUCCAAUUACUGGCGAAAAGAUCCCGGCAUCCAAGGUGUCGGAGCACAUGCGCAUUGGUCUACUGGAUCCGCGAUGGGUGGAGCAGCGGGACAAGCACACUGUCGAGAAAAUCAACCAGGACAAUGUCUUCGCUGCAGGUACUGCCAUCGAGGCAAGCCUGAAGCAGUUGGCAGAGAGGCGUACCGAUAUUUUUGGUGUUGGCGACGAGGAAACAGUUAUUGGAAAAAAACUUGGCGAAGAAGAGACCAAAAAGGAUGAUCGCGUUACCUGGGACGGCCACACAUCCAGUGUUGAGGCAGCUACUAGAGCGGCGCGUGCCAACAUCACUCUGGAGGACCAAAUCCAUCAAAUACACAAGGUUAAGGGACUGCUGCCAGAUGAGGAAAAGGAAAAGAUUGGCCCUAAGCCUGUCGGAAAUAAAGCCACGCUAUCGGCUCCGCCACAGCCGUCUUCCAAGCCCCAACACAUCCAUGGCCAGAGUCAGCAUCAUCAAGGCGGUGGCCACCACGCUCACCACAAUCUGCACCACCAUCAUCCGCCACAGCAGCACCAAUCUACACCGCAGCACCAGACACACCAGCAUCCAUCCCAUCACCACCAGCAGUCCCAGGCGCAGGCUAAUCCGGUCAUGAUGAUGCAAUUGCGACCUCUUAUGAUGCAAACUCCAUUUGGCCCUGGCACUGGAGGCUAUAUGAACAUGCAGUCCACUGGAGGACCCCCGCAAAUCUCACCAGCACCGCCAGUCGAUCUAAUGUCCGUGGAGGAAGAGCCGCCCACAAAGAAAUUGCGCUCCGAGGACAAUCUAAUCCCGGAAGCGGAGUUCAUUUCCACGCACAAGAGCCCCGUCACCAUCCAGGUUCUUGUGCCGAACUCGGAUAAGUCCGAGUGGAAGCUAAACGGACAGAUGAUCGCUGUAACACUAGCACUCACUGACCCUAUCGCAAACCUCAAGGCGAAGCUGCAAGAUGAAACAGGCAUGCCUCCGGCCAAGCAAAAAAUCUUCUACGAGGGAAUGUUCUUCAAAGACAGCAAUUCGAUGGCGUUCUACAAUCUGCUAAACGGGAUGACAGUGCAUUUGCAGGUGAAGGAACGCGGUGGCCGCAAGAAGUAAGCCGAGUUGGAGACAAAAUGGGACGAAUAGGUCCCAGCUCAGCAUGGCCGUGUGCAGAGUGCUGUGCUCCAUAUGUAGAAAUUUAUCAGUUAUGGUUUCGCAUAAAUUUUUAAUAAAUUCUCGAUCACAGAA